GCUACUCUCUCGACGCGUUAACGUUCGCUUUGCUUUUCACCGCUUUUUUUAAAUCCGACAACAAGAGAACAAAAAGUCUUUAGAUCCUUUACCGCGAAACUGAUUCUCCGUCCUUCACGCGUGUCGUACCGGUUGUGGCGUGAGGAAGCGCACGGUACCGUCUAGUGCAGCGCCGUGUGUUACAUGUGUGGUGUGUUACAUGUGCUGUAUGGUGCAUGUGCUCUAUGGUGUAUUGGCCGCGUGGUCCGUGUCGCGUGGGGAGUGUGCCGCUAUCUUUAAAAUUGGUGAUAAGCUCUUGACUUAUCAGUGUCAUUGAACGAUCAAUAUAUUGGAAAAAAGUUCGAUACGAUAGGAACCUUUUAUUGGGUUCCUGUUUGCAGUGAAGGAAGCGGAAGUGAUCGGAAACGUUGGUUCUUCUGAGUUAAAUUUUCACUUUCGAACACGAGCUGUUUUGAUAAUAAGUUGUUAUGAUAAUAAGUAGAGUAAAUUAACGCUCUCUUUUGAAUGUGGAUUACGUGACGUAAUGCAAAAAUUCCUAAAAUAAAAAUAAAUCGUAUGGUGAAGAUUGAGGAGGAUUCGUUUUUAAUAAAAGUGACGUGGUGAUCCGUAUUCUCCAAGUGGAUGUAUGACCUUGAAGUGAAAUCUGUUUCGGAAGGAAGGAUACAAGAUCAGUGGGAAGAUUCGCUUGAAUGAGACACCUGACAAAAAUGAAGUAAAGAUUCUAAUUGUUCGAUAAUGCUUACAACUCUAAAUAAAGUCCCGAUUUGAGAUUAACGAAAAAUGCAAUAAACAAUUAAUCUGGAAAUAAGUCGAUGAACUUUGGAAAGUUUUAGGGUUAUUGUUGGAUAAUGUAUAAGAUAAGAAUCUUGGUAAACAAAUAUAAGUUUUAAUUGCUGGGUAAAUAAAAAAUAUGACUUUAUCAGUUUAUUAACGUUUUUUCGUCAUCUUUUAUUGUCCACCUUCGAGGCUUUCUUAAUAUAGAAUCGGAAGAGUUGAAAGCUACUUUUAGAGGCUUAUUGUAUUCAAAAUUAUAAAUGAUAACUCGAGUUACAUCGAAAAGAAAAUUAAACGAGGAACAAUCAAACGUGAUAAAAUAGCAAUUGAGGUGUCAUCUUUAAAUGUCGUGAUUUUAGGACGAUGGCAUAAUGGAUCAUGACACAGACGGAGACGGCGCGAUCAACCUGUCAACGUCGCAACGACCCUCUGCCUCAACUACCCCUAAUGGUGAUACCCCCACCUACACCCAAGAUCAACAAGACAACGAUCAGGCGAGCUCACUAUUCGCAGCCCUAAAACAGCAGCAGUCUCGAGAGAGGGAGAGAGAAGGAGCAAGAGAAAAGGAAAGGCCGCCGCCGCGAAGUAGAGAAAGAGGGCCGAGUGGGCCCGAUAGUGGUGAUCAACAAGAACUCACGAUCGAGUACCAAAGCAAUGGAAAGCUCAGUCCCGCUGGGCACGCACUGACAUCAGCACCCAUGACCCAGCAAAAGCAACCAAUCAUCACGCAACAGUCGCAACAACCCAGUUCGGGGGCGCCAGGUCUCCAACCAAGUCCGCACCAAAGUCCACCUGCCCCGCAGAGAGGCUCACCUCCAAAUCCCACUCAGGGUCCGCCUCCAGGAGGCCAGCUGGGGGGACCACUACCCUCGCAAACAUCUUCGCAGAUGAUGUUGAAUCCUGCGAGUGGUCUGCAUCAAAUGCAACAGCUCCUUCAACAACACAUUCUUAGUCCCACACAAUUGCAGUCAUUUAUGCAACAACACACACUUUACCUCCAGCAACAGCAACAUCAUCAGGACUCUUCAGCCGAGCAUGUGUCAAACCAAGAGCGUUUCGGCUACUUUUCAUCCCUCAAAAACCAUCAACACCAACUCGCAGAGUUAGGUCGGAAACAAUUGGAGCAGGCGAUGCAGCAACUGCAGGAACAGUUGCAGCUGAAUCUAAUCCAGCAAACGCAUUUACUGCAAACAGCAGACAAAAAGAAGGCAUCUGCGCCUCUUCAGCAACUCGCCCUUCAACAGCAACAACUUAUCCAACAGCUGCAAAUCACGCAGCGACAAUACCUUCUUCAACAAGGCUUGGGCCUUCAAGGUCACAAUCAUUCUUCAGGCAUGCAACCAACAGAUGGAAUCCCUACGUGGAAAACAGAGUCUACGGAUGGUACGGAGUCACACCAGAAUUCUGGAAUCUCGAAAUCGAGUUCUGGCCUGAAUGGACUUCUACAUUCGACAGCUUCAAGUCGGCGGUCAGAAGUUAAUGGAACAACUCCCUUGGACGAAAAACCUAUUGAUAUUUCGUGUAACGACAAAUCCCACCCCCUCUAUGGCCAUGGAGUCUGUAAGUGGCCUGGCUGUGAAGCAAUUUGUGAAGACUACCAAGCAUUCCUCAAGCACUUAAAUACAGAACACACGCUGGACGACAGGUCGACAGCUCAAGCCAGAGUUCAAAUGCAAGUGGUUUCUCAGCUGGAAAUCCAGCUGCAAAAGGAACGGGAUCGACUAACAGCUAUGAUGCAUCAUCUGCACGUGGCAAAACAAAUGGCUUCGCCGGAACCACCAAAGUCAUCUGAGUCGUCGACGGGUUCGAGUUUACCAAAAUUAAGUUUAUCAUCUGCCCUGAUGAGUCAACCACCUCCAAACUUUGGUGUAUCGCAAGUGUCUCCAGUCUCCAUGUCCGCCCUGGUCUCAGCCGUAAGGUCACCAGGUGGACAAUUGCCACCUACAGCCGGCGGUACUACUUUGCCACCAAUGCCCAACAUGUCCAACAUGUCCGGAAUGCCACCAAUGCCAAACAUGCCUGGUAGCAUGCCUAGUAUGCCCUCCAUGCCCAGUAUGGCUGGACCCAUAAGAAGAAGGAUCAGCGAUAAAUCUGCUCUCUCCUUAGCCGGAGGACUGUAUGACGAGGGCACUGUAAGGCGCAGAGUAUCCGUCGAUAGAUCUGGAUUAGAUAUUAACGAAGAAAUUCAACGUAAUAGGGAAUUUUACAAAAACGCCGACGUAAGACCACCGUUCACGUACGCCUCCUUAAUUCGGCAGUCGAUAAUCGAAUCUCCGGAUAAGCAGCUGACGUUGAACGAAAUUUACAACUGGUUUCAAAAUACGUUCUGCUAUUUCCGACGCAACGCAGCUACAUGGAAGAACGCAGUGCGACACAACCUGUCUCUCCACAAAUGUUUCAUGCGAGUCGAAAAUGUGAAAGGGGCCGUUUGGACGGUGGACGAAGUGGAGUUUUACAAGAGACGUCCUCAACGCGCUUGCAGCACGACUGGGGGUGUUCCAUCGAAAAGUCCAACGCUGACACACAGCCCAACCAUGUACGGUGAUGCAUUAAAUGCUAAUCUCCAGUAUUUCCAGGCUGCCCUCGGGGAGUCCAAUAUGGGUUUUUUAAACAAUUCGAUGUGCACAUCAACAAGGACGAGUCCUGACAAGGAGCACGUGAUACCCCACAACGAUUUAAUGUCACCGCUGGAUGAACCAGCCGUGCAUAUAAAACAAGAAGGUCAGAGUCCCGAGGGAGGAAAACUGUCGAGAUUGAUAAAGCGUGAACUUCUCGAGACGCCAACGGACCAGGAGCAGGAAGAGGAUCCUGUGGACGAUAGGGAAUAUCCCGAAAGUCACGGCCACGAUUCCGGUCAAGACGAAGACAUGGCCGAAGAUCUGUCGAUGGCGCCUGACAUAAUAACAUCUGACGAUCAAAUCGAGGCGUAG